AUGGAACGUGAACAGACAUCCGCGCCCGCUUCGUGGGCCGAGGACGUCGAGACACAAGAUCCCGAUCCGCGGCCAGCCGCCGCCGGAUUAUGCAGCAUAAGCAGCACAAGGAGCACCGCGUUCGGCGGGGCCGGGGAAAGGGAAAUGCAUUGCUUCAACAUCGACUACUUUCCUAAGGAAGAAUACAGCCCGGACCCUAACGACUCCACAAUGGCCAUCCCAUACGCGGUGACGCGGUCCGCGGCGUUCUUCCUGGCGGCGGCGGCGCUUCUGCUGCUGGCCGAGGUGUGCGUCCUCGCGGGGCAUUGCGCACGCCACCGCCGCCUCUGCACCUUCGUCUCGGGCGUCAUCUGCAUCGUCGCUGGUCUGCUGAUGCUGAUCGGGCUGGUGAUGUACAUCUCGAUCUUCAAGGCGGAGAUCGGCAGCAAGCUGCGGCCGCGGUCGCAGCUGCAGCCGCCGCUGUUCACGUACCGCUACGGCUUCAGCUUCCUGCUGGUGGUGUCGGGCUUCAUGGCGUCUGAGACGGCGGGCACGUGCGCCGUCUUCCUCUACAUCUUCUGGCACCAGCUGGAGUGGGGCCGCAAGCGCCACGACCUGCACCGGAAGCUGUCCGCCUCCUCGGCGCUGCUGUCGCCGCCACCGCCCGCCUGCCGCAGACACCACUUGCCUCCGCCGCCCCCGGUUAUCCCGCACCGGCGCUACAUGCUGGAGUCCGGCCGCGGGCUCGGCGGGGGCAGCACGUCGCGGCUGCCGCCCCCGGAAGAUCACUGCCGGUCGCCGCCGCCGCCGCCGCCGUGCCUGAGCCGGUCGCACCAGGACCUGCGCUCCGCGGGCGGCUGCUUCCACGCGCCCGUGCCCGCCCCCUACCACCGCUACCACGCGCACAUAGACGACGACUGCGGUCCUACGCCCCCUCCGCCUCCGACGUUGCACCACCACGGCCACCACCACCACCAUCACCACCAUCAUCACCAGCGAGAGCUUUCAACUUCAAGCCGUUCGUCGUCCUUCUUCCCGCGUGACGCGACUACGAACACGGUGUCGACGACUGCGGACAUCAACUCCUGCGCCGGCGACGAAGACGACGCAGAAGGCAGUGGGACACCCGGGGUGGUGUGCACUGCCGCCGGGCCCAAUGGCGUCUCCACCGACGACGACGACGAUGACGAGUACUCGCCGUCGCUGCAACACGAAUUCGUCACGUUCGACUUGGACGACACGCAGCCGCAACUGCAGCCGGCGCCGCAGCGAGUCAUGGUCGACGAGCAGCAGCAAACUGCCGUGUCGGCGCUGCGGCCUAGAGGGGACUUCGGGUUCGACACUCUGCGUAGGACUACCCCCGUGUAGCCACCAGCGAACAUUGCUCUUUGCCUGCAGAGUAGAGGGACUAGCGGUCGACACGCUAAACCUCAGCCUUGACAAAUUCGCUUCUCUCAACUUUACGUGAGCAGGAAACAUUCCUAGGUAGAUCUGAGGACCAAACUGCAACUAGUGUCGUUGCGUAUUACACAAAAUGUACACUCGGAGAACGACGUCACAUUUACACACGACACAUUUUAACUCUCGGAUAUGCGGAUUACAAGCGUUGUAAGUAGUCUGCAAUAUCUGCAACAAAACACUUGUCAUACAGGGUAAGCUUUUGCGACCUAGAGUCCGAGUCGGUGAAGUACUUUUGGCGCGUAACAGUGUCAUGGUAUAAAAUGCAGUGAUAGUUGUAUAUUUACAACUGGACAGCUUCUCCACCAAUAGUCAAAUAACAAUAUCGAUCAGUCUAAAAAAUCAGAUUAUACAAAUGGGAAGCCGGAGAGCAAAUAUUUUACUGCUGGGGUACUUGUUUUCACAAUUAAAUCGGUUUUCAAUAGCAAAUCAUAUGAAAGCUUCUGCAAUGACGAAUCGCUUUCGUAAUCGUUUCCUAGUGUCGUUUGG